AGUAUGACCGACCUUCGGUUUGGCCUAUGAGAUCGUCGAGAGUAUAAAAAACAGGAACCGUCAUGAGAGAUGGAAUAUAACGGUACCAGUACUGGACGCUAUUGAAUUUAAUCUCGAGGACCGUUUGUAAAAAGAGGUAAAGCACGAGAACCUUAGGGAUCCCCAAUAAAUAGUUAGGAUACGCUAUAAACGCAUGUUUUAGUGGCCCAGUUCCACACAGAACAGAACACAGCAGAAGAGACGUGGGUAUUGCAGGGAAGGGAAGAUGAGCAGCAGCAGCAGCCGCAACCGCAACCCGAAGCUGAAGCGGCGAACGCCAAGCCCCCCAUCUCCUCCUUAUCGGCGUGAAAGAGGAGAAAAGUCUUCUAAGCGACAAGUCGAGGAUGAGGACGACGGCAACGCCUCUGACUCCGCCUCCGCGCCUCGUUACACAGCAUACCCGACAACUUUGCUAGUUAGGAACCUCUCACAAAACGCAAGGCCAGAGGAUCUUCGCAUUCCUUUUGAGAGCUUUGGACCAGUGAAUGAUGUAUAUCUCCCCAAAAAUUACCAUACAGGUGACUGCAGGAAGCAGAGAGCGUGAACAAAUGAGUGUGUCUGGAAGGGAAUGGCUGGCUGUCCCCAGGGCAGUCAAGGAACAUUAUUGGCAUCCCCAGCUGUUCACAUGAAGUCCCUGCAUUUCCGGGAUAUGACGGCCAAAAAGAUUUUGAUCAGGGAUGGCAGGGAGUUCUUGAGGCAUCCCCUCAUCCCUCAAACGUCCCCAGGAACAUAGUUGUGAAUUACUUGACAAACAGGAGAAAGUUGAUAGUUAAAAAAUUUAGUUGAAUAACACUAGAAAUGUAAUCUAGACCUGACUAUAAUGUGAAAAUGAACUUUCCCCUGAUCUAUUUAUUGUCUUGUCCCUCCUUAAUUUACCAAUAUUGCACCAGAACUCAUGAUGGGUUUCUAAAGUAAAGUGCAUCAGAGCCCAUAUCAGAUAUCUGAUGAGAUUUGGCGAGAGCAAGAAACAUUGGAGUUCAGGAAGACUUGCUGAGGUUUUCUAUAAAGACACGUUAUAAAAAAUGCUUUGAAGAAGAGACUGUGGGUAGCGGAUAAGAAUGUGAAAUUGAUCAAGACUUUUGUAGCAUCAAAAUUCCUGAACAGAUCUGCAUGAAUAAUCAGAUAGAAAGGUUGCAAGUUACGCAUUUUGUUCUUUGAGUUCUAUUUUUCCUUUGGCAGUCCAUAUUAAUGUGAAUAGGUACAAGAUCGGCAACCUUGUAAAAAAGAGCAGAAAGCCAAAGUAUUCCUGCAGACAUAUUGAUAAAGAUUGUUUAUGGAGAAAUCCACAAGCUCAUUCAGUUUCAUGGUAGGGCAGAGUUGUGAAACAAACUCAAGUAGAAAGCAAAAUGACUCCAAUUUUCCAGAGUUUGAGACACUGUUGAAUGAAGGGAAGAAAUUUUGUCUGU